GCAGUCUGGCUGCGGCGUCGGUGCCAUCAUGGUGGCUCUGUUGUUGCCGCACAUUAAGUUCGGAGCUGAAGAAAUGAAUCAUCGUUUUCCGACUGUCCACUGGCGGAAACAAGCAUUUGUCGAAAAGCUCCCGGAAUAAAAACGGGCCGCGAAUGGAGCCUGGGGCCUCGCGUGAGACCCCUGCCGGCGCGAGAUGCUCCGGAGCGGCCUGCCGCCGGGAGGAGACCCCGGGAGAGGAGGCGCGGGGCGGGCAGCGGGGCGCCGCGGCGCCGCAGCCCGAGGGAGGCGGCGCGGAGCCCGGGGAGAGGAGGGCGCGCUGCCGGGACGACGGAGGAGAGGUGGGGGAGGAGGACGCAGACGGCAGAUACGAGGAGGAGCUAGACCCCAGGAUUCAGGAGGAGCUGGAGCACCUGAACCAGGCCAGCGAGGAGAUCAACAGGCUGGAGCUGCAGCUGGAUGAUGCUCGCUCCAGCUACCGGAGGAUCCUCACGGACUCGGCCCGAAAGCUGAACGCCCAGGGCAGCCAGCUGGGCGCCUGCAUCGAGAAGGCGAGGCCCUACUACGAAGCCCGCAGGCUGGCCAAAGAGGCCCAACAGGAAACCCAGAAGGCAGCUCUCAGGUACGAGAGGGCUGUGUCCAUGCACACGGCCGCCAGGGAGAUGGUGUACGUGGCUGAGCAGGGCCUGCUGGCUGACAAGAACACCAUGGACCCCACAUGGCAGGAGAUGCUGAACCACGCCACAGCCAAGGUGAACGAGGCAGAGGAGGAGCGCCUCCGCAGCGAGCACGAGCACCAGCGGGUCACCCAGCUCUGCCAGGACGCAGAGGCGCGAGUGCAGACCCUUCAGAAAACCCUGAGGAAGGUCAUCCUCAAGUCCAAACCUUACUUCGAGCUCAAGGCUCAGUUCAACCACAUUCUGGAGGAACACAAGUCUAAAGUGGUGCAGCUGGAGCAGCAGGUGGCGAAGGUGAAAACGCGCUACUCGGUGGCGCUGAGGAACCUGGAGCAGAUCAGCGAGCAGAUCCACGCUCAGAGGGGGCGUCACCUCGCCGCCAGGGGCCGUCCUGCCGUGUGUGGGGGGCGGAGCUCCCCCGUAGGGGCGGAGUCUGAGGUCCGGGCGGCUGUCGGAGUUCCCGUCAGUGGGAUUCCGGUCGGCGACUGGGCCGAUGGGGAGAAAACCCGGCUGUGGGUGGAGAGGCACAGGGAGAGCGGCUGGGGCCACCGGGAGGGGCACGAGGCGGAGGCCGCCAGUUCCGACGGCAUGUCCGUCAUCAGCCUGCAAACCAUCGCCUCGGACCUGGAAAAGUGUGACUCGGUAGAGCACCUGGGGAAUUUCAGUGACGUGGGGAGUGUGCAGGCGGAGGACGGCGACUGCGGCAGGAAAGCGGUUGGAUGGGGGAUCAGCAGGGCCCCCGAGGCCCCCCCAAAAGAGACGGCAGGGGCCUGCGUAGAGAAGAAGGAGGGCUUCGUGAAACAACAUAACCGGAGUGUCAGUCUCUGACAGGCGACAGCAGACGUCCUCACAGUGUUUGAAAACCAAAAAAAAGGUCAUGACUAUUUGGAAAAGGUUCAUCAAAAAAAGGUUUUAAGUUCUUGU